AUGGACGCCGCCGACCCUCACGUCAACGGGACGACAACUCCCUCGACGCCCAAGCGGUCGGGCCUCGCCUUGACUGAGUACACCGCCAUGCCCACACCUCCCUCUGAACGAGCAGACAUCCCUUCUUACGACGUGCCUCGAGACUUUCUCCUGCCCUCGGGCUAUCCAGACUACUUGCGGCUGAUCCUGACUUCUCGAGUCUACGACGUCGUCAGCGAAAGCCCUCUGAGCCACGCCGUCAACCUCUCCAACCGCCUCGAAUGCAAAGUCCUCCUGAAAAGAGAGGACCUCCUGCCCGUCUUCUCUUUCAAGUUGCGAGGCGCGUACAACAAAAUGGCUCACCUUCCACCCAAGAUCUCGUGGAAAGGUGUUAUUGCUUGCUCGGCGGGGAACCAUGCCCAGGGUGUGGCUUAUUCUGCCCGACAUCUGAAGAUUCCUGCAACCAUUGUCAUGCCACAAGGGACCCCGGCCAUCAAACAUAUGAAUGUGAGCCGCAUGGGGGGCAACGUGGUGCUGCAUGGGCCGGACUUUGACUCGGCCAAAGAACACUGUCAUGCUCUGGAGAAACAGUACGGUUUGACCAAUAUUCCCCCGUUUGAUGAUCCAUAUGUCAUUGCGGGACAAGGCACGAUAGGCAUGGAGCUGCUAAGGCAGACAUCCUUGCAGAAGCUUCAGGCCAUCUUCUGCUGCGUGGGCGGUGGCGGGUUGAUAGCUGGUGUCGGGGUGUACGUGAAGAGAAUAGCUCCUCACGUCAAGAUCAUUGGCGUGGAAGCCUCCGACGCCAACGCACUCGUUGAGUCUCUGAAGUUGGGCAAGCGAGUGUUGCUUCGAGAAGUUGGUCUCUUCGCCGACGGUGCUGCCGUGAAGACAGUAGGGGAAGAGACCUUUAGGCUUUGUCAAGAAGUGGUCGAUGAAGUUAUCGAGGUCAGCACCGACGAGAUUUGUGCUGCUAUCAAGGACGUCUUUGAAGACACAAGAUCAGUCCUAGAGCCAGCGGGAGCCUUGUCACUCGCAGGUCUAAAAAAAUGGGUCGCUCAGAAUCCCUCCACAGAUACCAGCCGAGAAUUGGUCGCAGUGGCCAGCGGCGCCAACAUGAACUUUGAUCGGCUAAGAUUUGUCGCCGAGCGCGCGACUUUGGGUGAACAGAAAGAGGCUCUUCUGACCGUCACUAUUCCAGAGCGUCCAGGUUCGUUUGCACAGCUGGUUGAGGCGGUCCUCCCCCAAGCUGUAACAGAAUUUGGAUACAGGUAUUCAAACACCGACAAAGCACAUGUGAUGAUGGGUAUCACAGUCUCCUCAGCAGGCGCGAGAACGCGAGAACUCGAUUCACUCUUUUCGCGGCUCGCAGCCGAAGGCAUGACCGCCAAAGACCUCUCCGAGGAUGAACUCGCAAAGACACAUAUUCGAUACCUUGUCGGUGGACGAUCCGGCGUCAAGGAUGAGAGGCUGUACAUGUUUGAGUUCCCGGAGAGACCAGGAGCUCUGUUCAAGUUCCUGAGGACGCUGCGACCGGGACAGAGCAUCACCCUCUUCCAUUACCGGAACUAUGGCGGCGAUGUGGGCAGGAUCCUUGCAGGCAUUCAAUGUCCUGAACAGGAGAGGGACAAACUGGAGGGCUUCUUAAGGGAUAUUGGAUAUCCGUUUCAGGAGUGUACAGAGAAUCCCACUUACAAGAUGUUUUUGCGAGAUUAA